AUUGUUCAAUUGUUUGGCGUCACAACAGAAGAAUAACACGCGGUCUCGCGAAUUUUUCGGUGGGGGAAAGGUAAACAGACCGCGGAUUAUAAAGCACUUCCGCGUGCGCAAAACGCGAACAUUUUAAACGGAUAAGCGCGCUAGAAAGGAAAGUAAAACAUUUAGUGAACGGGGCAGAAACACAUUUUCACAAUUGCUUACUACAGUAGUUUCGUUUGUUGUCGAUUUCGAUUAAUUAUUGACAAGUGAAAAUGCGUCCACCAUCGCAAUUUACGGAAGAUUUCGCAGCGGAAGCUGAAGAGCAAGACCCACGGAUGGGUGCCAUGAUGAUCUGUACCAGGUUGGCUGGAAGGGCCAUCAUCAGGGUGGUAGGCCGGUGUAACGAGGCCAUAGAAAAUAGCAACCUUGAUCUCUCUAAUUGUCAACUAAUGCGUGUACCGGAUGCGGUAUACCACCUGAUGAGGCAUACAGAACUGAAAACCUGUGAUCUUAGUGAAAAUGAUAUCACAAAAAUAACGCCAAAGUUCACGACCAACUUUAGCCUGAUAACCGAUUUAAAUUUAUCACACAAUCAGAUGGCAAAGUUGCCUGACGAAAUAGCGAGCAUGGCUAAUCUCGAAAGACUAGACAUUUCAUUUAACACCUUCGUGUCACUUCCAAGUGCUAUCUUUAAAAUUCCAAGACUGCAAGAACUUAAUGCCAGUAAUAAUCACAUAGUUGAUGUAGAUUCAGAAGACAUAGAAGAAGCGCCUUCACUUAUGAAGCUCGACCUUACGAGGAAUCCCCUGACUGCCCGCUGCCACGAUCUGCUUUGCAGAAUAAAUAAAAUAGAAGUCCUUCUUACGCAGAGAGAAAGAGAAGAUUGGGAAGACCUCACAAUAUAGAUGUUUAUCUAGUGAUAAAAGUAUAUAUAUUGCACUGCCAUACUUUAUUUAUAACACAAAUAUCGUUAACUCGGAUAUUUGUAACAAUAAACGAAAACAAAAAACAGUUGUUUUUCAGGUGCUGUGGUAUAGGUCGGUGCAAAAUUGAUAUUAAGUGAAUAUUUGUAUUUUUAUAUAUAAAAAUGUACUAUUAGGCUAAUUAUUUAUAAUAAUUACCAAGAUAAGGUACUUUACUAGCUCGGAUAUUCCUUGCCCUUUCUAGUACCUGUGUGUUUGAUGUGUAUUUUUUACUUACGUUUUAAUUGUUUAUAAAAAACGUAAAAUGAAGUACUUACUAAAGAAUUAUGUUUGAAAAUUUGUAUAAACAUUAUAAAAAAAGAGCUUUUGGCUUU